AAUACAGCCAAUGGUCGCCGUGUGGUUUGUUGUAGUGCGUACUGGCAGUACUGGUGCGUGGUUUGGCUCCUUGCUACUGCAACUGACCUCACACGUGUAGCAGGGAGCAGGGGUAACCGAAAACUUACGAAAUGUCGGCGUUGUUAAGGAAUUUGCGGCUUGUGUGGCGGCCGCCGGCGCGAAUCACUUCGCAGAUGACUCUCUGUUCGAUACCUUCUAAACUCCUAGGCGAGUACGACAUGACCAUGUCCGUUGAAACGAACGAAUUAAGAGCCCUGUACUUGGAUGCCCAGGCGACCACACCGCUGGACCCACGCGUUCUGGACGCUAUGUUGCCGUACCUUGUCAACAACUAUGGAAACCCGCACUCUCGUACGCACGCGUACGGCUGGGAAAGCGAGGCGGCCGUCGAAAAGGCGAGGAGUCAGGUGGCGGCUCUCAUCGGCGCGCAGCCCAAAGAGAUCAUAUUCACCAGCGGUGCCACCGAGUCCAACAACAUCAGCAUAAAGGGUGUCAGUCGUUUCUACGCCGAGAAAAAGAAGCACAUCGUGACGACGCAGACGGAGCACAAGUGCGUACUCGACUCCUGCCGUGCCAUGGAGGCCGAGGGCUUCGACGUCACCUACCUGCCGGUGAACCGCAACGGGCUCGUAGACGUCCAGCAGCUCGAAGACGCCAUCCGACCGGACACGGCGCUCGUUUCGGUGAUGACGGUGAACAACGAGAUCGGCGUGACGCAGCCGAUCUCCGAGAUCGGCGCCGUCUGCCGAAAGCGCAAGGUCUUCUUCCACACGGACGCCGCGCAGGCCGUGGGCAAGAUUCCCGUCAACGUGAACGACAUGAUGGUAGACCUGAUGUCCAUCAGCGGCCACAAGAUAUACGGCCCCAAGGGAGUCGGAGCCCUCUACCUGCGCCGCAGACCUCGAGUGCGCGUCGAAGCGCUGCAGAGCGGCGGUGGUCAGGAGCGAGGCAUACGGAGCGGCACCUUACCGACGCCACUCGCCGUCGGGCUGGGAGCCGCGUGCGAGAUCGCCGUCAAGGAAAUGGACUACGACCACCGGCACGUCAGCCGGCUCUCCGACCUCCUAGUCGCGCUUAUAACUAGCGAGCUGACGCACGUGGUGCGCAACGGAGACCCUCAGCGCUGCUACCCGGGCUGCGUCAACCUCUCCUUUGCGUGCGUCGAAGGCGAGAGCCUUCUGAUGGCCAUGAAGGACGUGGCGCUGUCGUCCGGUUCGGCCUGCACGUCCGCUUCGUUGGAGCCGUCGUACGUGCUACGAGCCAUCGGAGCUGACGAGGACUUGGCGCACUCGUCGAUACGCUUCGGCUUGGGCCGCUUCACGUCCGAGGAAGAAGUGGUCUACACGGCGCGCAAGUGCGUCAAGGAGGUCAAGAAACUGCGCGAAAUGAGCCCACUCUGGGAGAUGGUCCAGGAAGGCGUCGACCUCAAGUCGAUCCAGUGGACGCAACAUUGAGGCGCCUGCGCUUCCUUGAAGCGAGGUCGAAGCUUUGGAAAUAACCAAAUUCAGCGGACAUGUUUGGAGGACGUAGAAAUGUGCUAUGGUUACGUGUGACGCCACUGGCUGAUUCAGUGAGGCCUGUAACGCAAUUAAUGGUGGUAUCCAAGCGCUUCACAAGGUGGUUCCCGAGUUUAUGUUGGACUCGCCAAGUCUUGUUACUGAAGUAGCCACCAGUGACAUUGUUGGGGAUCUCUGUUUAGCAGUAUUUCCUGCUCCCAUAGGUCUUUAACGCUGUCUUGCAACCUCAUGCAUUACAUGCACGUUAGCCUGGCCGUAAAAGCAGUAUGUGCAGAGCAGCUACAAGAACUGUGCGUCAAACAGAGGAUUAAAAUGUAGUGCUCUUCCCAUCAGAUCUUUUCUUCUUGAGUGUAACAAUGGUCAAGGGCAAAACAUUGUAUCACACUGCAAAGCCACUAAUGUUGAUUUUCAACCUUACCAGAGAGCCACAUUGCCCAUUGCAUUUGCAACCAAUGAGGUAGUCAAAGUAGCAGCAUAUCAUAUGAUGCACACUUAAGUCAGAAGGUUCUUUGUAAAAUCAUGCCGUCAUUAUUUAAUGCAUGCGAGCUGUCUUUUGCAAGUGCACUUAGGCAAGUUUGUCUAUAGAUGUAAUACUUCUGUCACCAGAGCAAACAACAACUGCCCAUUCAGUACGGGUUUAACUGUGUGCAAGUUUCAGUGUGCUGAAAAGGUGAAUUUUGUGUGGUCUUUGAAUGUAGGCUGUGUUUUGUAAUGUACAGUCUGAAUCACACUUGUCUAGAGAGGCCCAUCGGCUGCUUCAGCCGCCGUUUUUUGCAAAAAUAAGCAGAGACCAAUGCCAUAAUGAUACCAAACAUAGCCAUACUACAUGCUGGGUAUGAACGGAAGCUUGUAGCUAACAUGACGUAGCGGCUGUGGAUGGCACCAGUGCCCAGACCUAUGCGCUCGACCACUCUAGACAAGUGUGAAGUGUGAAUACCAUGUACAGACAACUGUACAUAUUUCACGGUGCUGUCAGCAGCUCAGCUGUGAUAUGUUGUGAUGCUAGUCUGUGUUUGCAUUUGAGUGUAUUUUGGCCGGAAAGAAAGAGCCGUGAACGAAUUUUCUUCUUCCUAUGUGUAAGUGUAGCUUAAAGUUUAUUUUUCAUUGACCAUACAUUACAUGUGAAGCACAUUACACAGCGUGUAUACUUAGGUAAUGGUAUGUAUUGAGUGCAACAGUGUGUACUGCAGUGGAAAGUAUGGAACGAUUUUGAGUUGUCCAUACUUGUGAGUUGUACUGCGGAUAAUAAACAGUCUAGAACCCUU